UAUUCCGUACGUGCACAAGAAAUAUAAAAGGGGAUAUGUAACAAAAGUCCGUGUCGUAGAAUGGACGAAUAGAAUACCUUGCUGCCAAGAAGAUGGGUAUGCACAUAUAUAAUUAGGACAAGGGUCUAAGGCUGGAUAUUGGGCUGAUCACACAGCCUCCUCCCUCGUCGAGCCAUGGAACCGGAUACUUGUAACACGACCUCUGCCGUGUAGAAUUUAGCAGCCCGUCAGCCCGUAAUUGGCUGUAGUUAACGAAAGAUAGUCAUGAUGAGCAUGGUGUAAUUGUGUAAUAUGGGGGCGCUGUUUCGUCCGUGUACGAUAUCCUCUCUUAUUGGACGCGAUAACUGGGUUAGAUAGGCCUUAAGGCUGAAGGAAAAGCAAAUUACCGGUGCUGCUGCUGCUGCUGCGGUGACGGAUCUUCUCCGUGUUCAGUGAUUCACUCAGGCACCGGUUUUUUUUUCCUUAAUUCUUUUUUUUUUUUUUUUUUUUCUCUUUUCAAUCUUUCUCCAUCCUGUAGCGUCCGGACAACCCCUCCUAAGCGGUCCUCACCGCUAAGCGUUGCGAACGCGACUAGUUAGUUAGAAGUCCCGGAUUAUCUCGUCGAGGUCGUAAACGACUGAGUAUCCACCACACCACACUACACUACACCACACCUAAAUAGCAAGCAGCCGGCCAGCCCAGUCAGGAUGAGGUGGUUCCUGACGCUGCCGGCCUCGCUGCUGCUCAGCAUCGCGGUGCAGACCCAAGUCUCAUUAGCCAUCGAUAACGACUUCUCGGCGUACCCCGAGGGCUCACAACAAUGCCUAUACGACGCGGCCGACGACAGCAAAUGCACGGGCAACACGGGUAAUGAAAUGAACAGAUGCCUGUGUUCCAACAAGGGAAACUUCAUAUACAAUACCGCCGUGUGUGUCGCCAAACAGAGUUCCGCCGAUCUCAAUGCCGUCUACGAUACCAUGGAGAACAACUGCGCCGGCACGGGCGUCACCAUCGCCGUCUCCAAGCAGGCCUUCCUCUCACAAGCCGCCGCCGCCACCGCAACGACGUCUUCCGCUACGCCAACAUCUACCUCGCCGACUUCCACAUCAGAUUCUCCCACAGCAGCAUCGCCCACGACAUCCGAUUCCUCCUCCUCCUCCGGAAGCAGCACCCUCUCCUCAGGCGCCAAGAUCGGAUUAGGCGUAGGCAUCGGCUUCGGCAGCGUAGCCCUCGGCCUGCUGGGCUGGUUCGUAUUCGCGUACUCGCGCCGCCGCCGGCCACACCACCCGCCGGCCGACCCGAACUCGCCGCACCGACACGACGUGGAGCUCUCGCUCAACGGCAGCAGCGUGUACCACCCGUCGCCUCUGACGCCAUUGCCCGAGUACGCGCAGCACAACGCGCAGUUCAGCGGCGUCGCGGAGUUAAGUCCCGCGACGGCGCUUAGCGGGCCGAAGGAACUGCCCGCGGAUUACUACGGCGGCGGGGACAAGAAAGACGGAGCAGGAGGUGGUGGUGGUAAGAGUGAUGAUGGGGGAUAUAAUGACAAGCGGUCGUCCGGCGUGCCGCUUCUCGCAGAGCUAGACGACGGGGGCGCGAACUCGCCGGCGCCGGUCGAGUUGCCGGGGAGCGAGGUAUACCACGAUACUAGCAGCGUGCACACGCCGACGCAUAGUGCGCAGGGUCUGGAGAGCGGAUAUCGGGAUCAGGGGCUAGGGAACGGGCAUGGGGCAGGAUGAUGAGAUGUGAUGGGGCGUGGAUGUGGAUGUGUGGAUAUGAUGAUUUGAGGAAAAAAAAAAGAAAAAAAGAAAAAAGAAGGUUCCGAUACCGAAUACCGAAGACCGAAUACUAAUGCGCAUAUUAACUUUAACCUACAACUUUAACCUUAUUCAUUCCGACGUGCGAUGACUAAUACAUCUAAUACAUCAUAUAUACCUAAUUUACCUACCUACCUACGAUAUACCUACCUAAUCUAAUAUCAGGUAUCGACGUAAUGAUGUUGGAACGAGGCCGCGGUAUAGCGGUUAAUUACAUCAGGAAAGAUAAUUAUAUUAUAUAGCAUAGCAUAGCAUAGCAUGAAGGCGGCGUCCCAGGGUAUUAAACGAUAAUACAGUACGUACUUAGUUGACAGAAAGAAAGAGAAAGAUGUACAUACAAGUACGUUAGGUACAUAUUACUAUUACUAUUUUAUAUUGCUAUAUAA